AUGGCAUCCCGCGAGGAGAUUACUGUCUAUGAAGAUGAAGUAAGGUCUCGGUACAGCCACUUGGAGAAGAUGACAGACCUGGUGGCUGUUUGGGAAGUAGCUUUAAGCGAUGGUGUCCACAAGAUUGAAUUCGAACACGGGACCACUUCAGGAAAACGUGUCGUCUAUGUUGAUGGCAAGGAGGAAAUACGAAAAGAAUGGAUGUUUAAAUUAGUGGGUAAAGAAACAUUUACUGUCGGAGUAGCCAAAACCAAAGCUACUAUUAACAUUGAUGCAGUCGGUGGUUUUGCAUAUGAAUAUACUUUGGAGAUCAAUGGAAAAAGCCUCAAGAAAUAUAUGGAGAACAGGUCAAAAACAACAAAUACUUGGGUACUGAGCUUGGGUGGUACAGACUAUAGGAUUGUUCUAGAAAAGGACACAAUGGAUGUGUGGUGCAACGGUAAAAAAAUGGAAACAGCGGGUGAAUUUGUAGAAGAUGGGACUGAAACGCACUUCAGUGUUGGUGACCACAGCUGUUACAUUAAGGCUGUCAGUAGUGGAAAACGAAAGGAAGGAAUUAUUCAUACUCUUAUUGUGGAUGACAGAGAAAUCCCAGAGGCUUUGGAGUAG